CCUUCCAGAUUCCUCCAUAUUAUGAGAUGUUUCGCAGAUUAAUCAUUGUUCUUAAUCGUUCCAUAGUAUUCCAUUAUGUGAAUAUACCAUAAUAUAUUUCUCCAUUCAUCCGUUGACUGGUACCUUGGUUGCUUCUAUUUUUUUGCUGUCGUAAACAGUGCUGCAAUGAACAUGGGUGUGCAUAUAUCUGUUUGUGUGAAGGCUCUUAUUUCUCUGGGAUAUAUUCCAAGGAGUGAAAUUGCCGGAUCAUAUGGUAGUUCUAUUUCUAGCUUUUUAAGGAAGUGCCAAAUUGAUUUUGAAAGUGGUUGUACCAGUUUGUAUUCCCACCAGCAGUUGUAAGUGUUCCAGUCUCUCCACAACCUCUGUAACAUUUAUUUUGUGUUUUUUGGAUUAAUGCCAGCCUUGUUAGGGUGAGAUGAUGAUAUCUCACUGUAGUUUUAAUUUGCAUUUCUCUACUGGCUAAUGAUCGUGAACAUUUCCUCAUGUAUCUGUUAGCUGCCUGAAUGUCUUCUUUGGUGAAGUGCAUGGUCAUAUCUUUUGCCCACUUUUUGAUUGCAUUAUUUAUCUUUUUGUAGUUGAGUUUUUGCAGUAUCAUGUAGAUUUUAGAGAUCAGACGCUGAUUGGAAAUGUCAUAGCUAAAAACUUUUUCCUAGUCUGUAGGUAAUCUUUUUACUCUUUUGGUGAAGUCUUUGGAUGAGCAUAGGUGUUUGAUUUUUAGGAGCACCCAGUUAUCUAGUUUCUCUUCCAAUAUUUCUUUAUGUUUCUAAUUCUGCUUUUGGAAAUCGAGAGGAUUGUGAGGGGAAAACAAAUAUAAACUUUGUAUGAAAGUAUUACAGUGUGUGAAGACUGAUUCAGAGAACAGGUCAGUGUUUACGAGGCCUGGUAGUUUUUCCCUAACACGACCAAGUAUGUUAAAGCUACUCCCGGGGCAAGUAUAGUCUUGGAGAGGAUAUUUGUAUAGUUGUGGGAGAAGUUUGACUGUGGAGUGUAAGAAGGGACACUGCAUGAAGUAGUUGGGCUCAGAGAGGAGGAAGUGCCGUGCCUUUUCUUCUUGAGGGCAGUUUGGAAGAAGGUGAGAAAUGUGGUUUUUUGUUUUCGAAGAGCUGGGAAGGUACACAGUACACACUUUUAAAGUGGGUGUAGGAAGUUCUAGUGGCAGCUUCUCUUACUCCUAAGAUUAGGCCUUGAAACAAUAAGUGCUGCCCUGAGGAUGGGAGGUGCCGUGAGUGCCGGGGAGGACAAUGAUGAACUCAUUGACAACCUGAAGGAGGCCCAGUACAUCCGCACUGAGCUGGUGGAGCAGGCUUUCCGUGCUAUCGAUCGUGCGGACUAUUAUCUUGAGGAGUUUAAGGAAAACGCCUACAAGGACCUGGCGUGGAGGCAUGGGAACAUCCACCUUUCCGCCCCAUGCGUCUACUCAGAAGUGAUGGAAGCCCUGGACCUGCAGCCUGGACUCUCAUUCCUGAACCUGGGCAGUGGCACUGGCUACCUCAGCUCCAUGGUUGGGCUCAUUCUAGGUCCUUUUGGUGUCAACCACGGGGUAGAGCUUCACUCCGAUGUGACUGAGUACGCGAGGCAGAAGCUGGACUUCUUUAUCAAGACCAGUGACAGCUUUGACAAGUUUGAAUUCUGUGAACCAUCGUUUGUUACUGGCAAUUGCCUAGAAAUCUCUCCAGAUUGUACUCAGUAUGAUCGUGUGUACUGUGGGGCUGGUGUUCAGAAAGAGCAUGAAGACUACAUGAAGAAUCUGCUCAAAGUUGGGGGUAUCCUUGUCAUGCCGCUGGAAGAGAAGUUGACAAAGAUAACACGUAUUGGUCCUUCUGCUUGGGAAACCAAAAAGAUUCUGGCUGUUUCUUUUGCUCCUCUGAUCCAGCCCUGCCGCUCAGAGUCGGGAAUAUCACACCCUGUCCAGUUACCGCUGCUGGUGGUCCGAAGCCUCCAGGACCUGGCCCGCAUUGCCAUCCGGGCCGCGAUAAAGAAAACAAUCCAUCAGGAAACAGCGAGCAAAAAUGGAAACGGACAGAACACUCCCAGGUUCAAACGAAGAAGAACUCACCGCCAUCGGGUGGAAACUAUAGUCUUUUUGGACGAAGAGGUCUUUGCUAGCCGCAUUUCCAACCCCUCCGAUGACAACGCUUGUGAGGACUGGGAAGAGGAGCGGCAGGAAAACGAAGGCAGGGCCCCACCUGCAGUGAAGCCAGAUCCCCCAAUGAACUUCCUACGUGAGAGGGUCCUCAGCCUCCCUCUGCCAGACCCCCUGAAGUACUACCUGCUCUACUACAGAGAGAAGUAAGACUCCCGUGAUGAGGCAGGGGGGCGUGAACGGCCCAGGAUGGGCGGGGGCUGCCCUACUGCUGUGGGGAGCAUCUGCUGGUAGGAGCAUCUGUGGGAGCUGCCGCCUCCACGCCUUGGUUCCUCUUCCUCGUUUGUACUUGACAGUCCUCUCAGAUUUUCACACAAUAGUAUGAUUUCUUUACAAAUAAUCUGACAAAUGUUAACUGCCUGGAAGUAUGUUUCCCAAAGGGAAGAGGGUCUCCGGGAGGAGUCUUUGUCUCACUGGUUGAAGUGCCGUGCGGUGCCAGCACCACCUGCUGCCUGCCCCGCGCCAGGGUACGUGCAUGAAUCACUCAGAUGAGAACAGAAAUUGGAAGCAUUUUGCUUAUGAAACGUGAAACAAAGCACAAGUUUAUAAGUGUACAGAAUUCUUUCUGGAUGCCUACGUCUAAGUUUUCCUUUUAUGGUAUCAGCAUCUUAUGUACUAGCACUGAGUUUCACUAACCUUGAUUUUUCUAGAUGGAGGAAACAUCCUUGGAAAACCCUUCUUUGUUUUUAGGUAAAUUGAUUAAAUCUUACCUGAUUUGUCAGUUGUAAUUUUUAAAGCAGAAAAUGGAAUUGAUUGAGGAAGAGUAAUAAAAUUCUCGAAUUGCCAGAUGUCUUUCUGUAAUUCCAAAAGGAUUCUAAGACAUUUUUUUCCUGGCACCUUUUGUUACUUUUAAAAGAACCAUUAUCAAGAGAUCCCUGAAAGAAUAUCCUGAAAAAUGAAACAAGUUGUGUCUGUGUAUUUAAUAAGUGAAAUUACACUAACAAAAGAUGUGACUCCUCAUCCAACUCCUGAGACCAUUUCAGAUUCUUCACUUGUUCUCCUAGUGGUGGGACUGAUGUGUGGACGGCCUCUGCUUUCUUGGCUUCAGUUUGCGAUUUUUCAGCAACUAUACUUUUUAUACUUUAGUACUGAUUCAUAGAUUUUAUCUUUUAUAAUUCUGGAGAAAAAAACAUUGUUAGUUUUGUGAUUUUCUGGAGAACGGAUGUAUUUUAGGCACUCAAUUGUAUAAGAACAGUUUAACUUGUAGUGAGUUGUGAACUAGGUUUCUCCAGGCCCUGGGUGGGUGUCAGGAGGCCCUCGGGUAGUGAGAGCAUCGCGUCUAUAUCCAACUGUGGGUGUGGAAGAAAUGGCAAUCCUUACUUACAUCGGUUAGUUGUUUUGAAGUUACAUUGCUUACUCGAAAACGUUGAUUAUUUUAAAAAACUUUUUUUUCCACCAAAAUAAAAAUAUAUAAAAUGUUAAUGAUGAACCUAGACCCUCAGAGUGCUUGUGUGGGAUUGGGCCUCCAGAUUUUUGAUAACUGGAACCAUCUGGGGCUCAGCAUCUCCAGUUUCACCUGCUCAGCUGAGCGCUGGUUAUUUUGGACCUUUUCUGUCUCCUGGUAUCCGAAUUGUUUUCACCCUGCUGCCACCUGCAUGCAUAGCAGGAAAACAUGCAUACCGCCCUUGAUUUGUAAAUUGAAGCUAUUUGAAAGAAAGUUCAAAGUCAGUCAAGCUUCCUUCUUUCAGAGAGAAGCCCAUGGUUUGCUUGGUUCACUUGCUGACACUGUGUAGUUUGCAGAUACUUGUCCACACUCUUCUAACACAUGGAGAGCUCAGCAGGCACAUGGACAUUUCUGUACCUAAUAUUGAAUGAGCAGUGUCUGUGACAUCUGUCAUGCGAGGUUGCUUGACUCGAUUUUCCCCCGUAAUUUCAUAUGGAGCAUGUAUAUUUUUACCACGUUUGUCCUUACGCUUGAUUGUAAAAAACUCUGUACAAUGCGUAGGAUAUGUUUCUCCCAUGUCUGUAAAACUUUUCUCAAGAUUUUAUAUUUACAUGUUGUCAAUUUGUGCUUUUUUCAAACCCAGAACUUGGUUGAAAAAUAUAUAGAUGUAUGUAUGAAAUAGGUUGGCAUUUAUCUCAGCAAAAAUAAAGGGGAAUUGUGAAUACAUUUUCCAGUGCUUAAGCACCUUAUACAAGAGUCCAGUAUAGUGUAUUAUUAUCUGUUUUCAGAUGGAUAAAAUAUAAUCUGUAUUCUCUGCAGGCUGUUUUAUGAAAUAUAUUGUAAAACCAUGUCUUGACAGCUGUUUACAUUGAUGUUUUGAGUAGUCUGUAAUUUAAUGAUGUUUAUCUUGAAAAGUAAUAAGGCCAUAGCCUUGUGCAAAACAUUUCAAAUUUAUAAAUAUUUGGUAUGUAAUAUAAAAAUCGAAUAUGCAUGUAAAAAUACUUGUGCCAGUCUGGAACUUUCAGGGGGUUAAUGCAAGAUAUUUGAAACAUAGGUUUUAAAAAUAAACACAGUACAUGGAUGAAUACAAAAUAUGGCAAUAAAGUCAGUUAAGACAUUUUAGCCUUCUCGGCUGUCU